AUGACGGGCAAAGCGGGCGCGGCGCUGGCCCCCAGCCUGCCCGGCAAGCCCAAGCCCGACGGCGCGGCCGCCGCCGCCCCGCCGCCACCGCCUCCGCCGCCCCCCGCGGCGGGGGCCAAGCCCAGCUCCGGGCCCACCCCUCCCCGCUGCACCGGUUUCGGCAUCCAGGAGAUCCUGGGCUUGAACAAGGAGCCGCCGUCGCACCCGCGGGCCGCCCUGGACUCGCUGCCCGCCGGGCACCUGCUGGCGGCCCGCUCCGUCCUCAGCCCCGCCGGGGUGGGCGGCGUGGGCAUGGGGCUGCUGGGGGCCGGCGGCAUCCCCGGCUUCUACACGCAGCCCACCUUCCUGGAGGUGCUCUCCGACCCCCAGAGCGUCCACCUGCAGCCGCUGGCCCGGGCCCCCGGGCAGCUGGACAGCAGCCAGACGGCCAGCUCAGAUUCCGAAGAUGUCUCCUCCAGCGACCGAAAAACGUCCAAAUCCUCCCUCAGCCAGAGCAAGAAACGAAAGAAGAGGCGGCACAGGACAAUCUUCACAUCCUACCAACUGGAGGAGCUGGAAAAGGCCUUCAAUGAGGCUCACUACCCUGACGUGUAUGCUAGAGAGAUGUUGGCCAUGAAAACAGAGUUGCCAGAAGACAGGAUACAGGUUUGGUUCCAGAACCGCCGGGCCAAGUGGAGGAAGCGGGAGAAGUGCUGGGGCCGGAGCAGCGUGAUGGCCGAGUACGGGCUCUACGGCGCCAUGGUGCGUCACUCCAUCCCGCUGCCCGAGUCUAUCCUCAAGUCGGCCAAGGAUGGCAUCAUGGAGUCCUGCGCACCCUGGCUCCUGGGGAUGCACAAAAAGUCUCUGGAAGCAGCGGCUGAGGCGGGGAGGAAGACGGAGGUGGAGCGCCAGGCCCUGCCCAAGCUUGACAAGGGUGACAAGGAAGAGAGGGGCCCAGAUCCCAAAACCGCCAUUUCCCAGGAGGAACUGAGAGAAAACAGCAUUGCCGCCCUCAGGGCUAAAGCUCAGGAGCACAGCACCAAAGUCCUGGGGACCAUCGCUGGGGACACCCCCAGGAAGCCAGAGAAAGGGGAGGAGGCAGCGGAGGACGAGAGGCAGACGGAGAAGUCCAGCGUGUCGCAGAAGGAGGAGCAGCUGAUCUAG